UUCGAAUUGAGUGGUACACAUCAACCAUGCGGUUCGGUUAAACGAAAUAAACACACAAUUUUUACCUACUUGACUGAAUAUACUGUGAAAGGUAGCGCGUAUUUUAACAACAACCAACUAAAUCCAGCUACAACAUCGACAACACGUCGGUUAACCAUACAAAACUCAAGUGGGUUUUGUAUUUGAGUUUUGUUUUUUUGUUUCAUCAGAGAAAAAAAUCAUCAUCGUUCAUCAAUAGCAUCGAUCGAAUGUGAUUUUUUUUUUAAAAACAUCAUCAAUAUUCGAUCACAUUUAUUGUGAUUCGAACAAAACUAUUUAAAAGCAGUGUGUCUGUGCUUAAUGUGGUAAAGCAACAAAUUUAAAUUUUCACAAAUAUAUAAAAUAAAAACGUGUGUGUAUAUGUGACACCGUAGAUCCAAUGGUAACAAAUCAAGUUUAAAGCUGAGUCAACGGGAAACCAAAUGAACCGCUAAAUCGAAAGAGCAAACGUAAAAUAAAAGAAAUAUGAGUGUUUAAACAGAAAUUUGUUUAAAUAUGAUUUAAAAAAAGCAAGCAAAAUUGAAAACAAAGUGUAUAAUAUUUUGUAUGUCAAAAUUGAGUAAAAUUGUAUUGAAUCAAAGAAAAUUGUAUUCAAAAAUUGAACCGUUUAUCGGCGAUUGCAAAAUCUAAUAUAAAUCGCACAAAACGCUCAUGCUCAUCGAAGAAUAAAACGAAGAAAUAUUGUGUAAACAAUAGAAAACGAUUGAAUGUGUAUUUUUGUGUGGAUGACGUGCACGCGAACGAAUGAAAUACAGAGAAAUACCGAAAAGUAUCUUAUAAUCUAACUAUUUAACCAAGUGGAAAUAAUUUUUUGUUGUGCGAACAGCAAACAAACUAAACAAAGCCAAUUUUUAACGGCAUAUACUGAUACAUCCAAUUUUUAUUCCUCCAACUACAAUCAUUUCCACGAGGAAAUCAAAUUGAUACAUCAAUUACACAAUAACUGCGCAAAACUCUAUUCUUUCGUGCGGAAAAAAAAUAUAGUGUAUGAUUCACAAAAUUCCAUAAAUCGCGUUAAAAACAAGAAAAAGCACACACACAGCAAGAGAAAAAGGUGACGGAAUUAAAUUGUGAUACGCGCAAAUAACUGUCGUCUUCUCCAACGUCGACUGUUUCUCUUAUUUCAAUAAACAACACAAACAGUGACACACUUAAGAUUGCCCAAGAGACGAGCAAAGCGUACAGAUUCAUCUUGAGACACACACACACAGAAAAAAAACGUGUAAAUUAAGAAGAAAAAAUCGUCAACAUAUCGUGCUUGCUCAUAAAUCAAACAAUUUGCUUGUGUAUCGUAAAACUGAUAAUCAAGUCUUUUGUGCAUACGAUUUGAAAGUGAGUGUUUGCAAAUGAAAUGCAUUUUUUUCACUCGACAAUGAUCUGACAAGAGUGUAUGCGAGAGUGACAAAAAAAAGAAACAAACACAGCCGCCGUUCGCUAUAGCUAUUUCUCUUCAACACCCAAUACAAUCGAAACGCAAAAGUGAGAGAGAGCGAACCGAUUUUACGACGGGAAACGACGCUUUAUGAAUUAGUUUUAUUGUACGAUUGCAAUUCGCAGUGAAUCAGAUUUUGUGUUUGAUGUUUAUACAUUUGAAAUUUUUGUGUUAGUUUUUCCAUUUGUAUGAGUUCUUAUUGUUUCAUUUUUUCGAAAUAUAAAUAUUUUGUGAUUGUGCAAAGAAAUUAAAUUCAUCAUCCGGUAAAUAAAAAGCUGUGAAUCAAAUCUAUCAACAACAAGUGAGCACACAAAAAAUAUAUAUAUCCAAAAACAGAAUGAUCAAUACCCAGAAUUGAUUUGUAAUAAAAACGGAAGUUAAAUGGACUAUAUUAUCGCAAUUUUGUAAUCAUUGACAAAUAAAUAAACUCACAAAAUCUAUUGAAAAUUGUCAAACAGAUUGACAUUAUGUGCAUGAAGAGUAUUUAAAAAAAAAGCAAAUUAAAAAAUACACACACGCUUCACUGUGUUUACCGAAAAAGUAAGCGUAGGCGCUAUAAAUACGCUGGAUUAAGAAGAAAAUUGAUUUUUUACAAAGUGAAAAUCAAUUAAUUAACAUUUCACACAUUCAGUCAAUUUUAAAUCAAUAAACAGACUAAUGAAACAAUCGUAUAACCGCAUGUAUCGACAGACAUUUCUUUAAAUUAAAAAAAAAACUUAAACCAACACACAUUCGAAUAAAAAAAAAUCCACCGAAACAACAACGAGACAAACAACCCAUAAAUUCGUCAUUAUGGAUAUACGAAUCGAUAGCAAAAUGGAUUACACAACAUAUUUUUGGCUAAUUUUUGUAUCAGUUUUAUCGCUGGUAUCAGUGUCACAGGCCGAGGACUUAGUGAUGGAUACACGAGAAGGAGAGACCAUUUCACUGAAAUGUCGUUUCAGCGAACAGCACAAUACAAAUGAAUUCUCAUAUUAUUGGGCUCACAUCGGUGCAAAGUAUGAUAACGUGGCCAUUGGACAGAAUGCGCUCGCCUCAAAUUACAGAGUGGACUUCAAACCGGAGCGAGGAAUUUAUGAUUUACGCAUUGAGAAUACAUCGUACAAUCGUGAUAAUGGACGUUUUGAAUGUCAUAUCAAAGCAAUUGGAACUGGUGCCGAUGUCCAUCAACAAUAUUUCAAUAUUACAAUAUUGACACCGCCCCAACCGCCAAUGGUUGCUCCUGGCACCAUUGCCACUGCUACCGAAGACAAAAAAUUGGACUUGACAUGCAGCAGUAUCGGUGGUUCUCCCGAUCCAACCAUCACCUGGUACCGUGAAGGAAGUGCAAUCCCAUUGCAAGCACCAAUCAGCCGAGGCGGAUCAAAAGAUCGUCAAACCACAAGCACACUGUCAAUAAUACCACAAAAAGAUGAUGACGGUGCAAAGUAUCGAUGUGUCGUUUGGAAUCGCGCUAUGACCGAUGGCCAACGCCUUGAAACAACAGUCACAUUGAACGUUAACUAUUAUCCACGAGUUGAAAUUGGACCAGAAAAUCCGUUGCAAGUUGAACGAGACUCGACCGCUAAAUUGGAUUGUCAAGUUGAUGCUAAGCCAAAAGUGACCAAUGUUCGAUGGACACGAAACGGUCGUUUCAUCAGUUCAUCAAUGAUAUAUUCAAUUCCACGUGUAACCCAUCAAGAUGCUGGCAAAUAUGCUUGUGCCGCUGACAAUGGUUUGGGUAAAAUUGGUGAACGAGAAAUCAUGUUGGAUGUUUUAUAUCCGCCCGUUGUGGUUAUUGAGUCGAAAACACGCGAAACUGAAGAACAUGAAACAAUUAAUAUUAAAUGUAAUGUAACAUCGAACCCAGAACCGGUCACAAUUGAAUGGUUGAAAGAAGGAAGCCCCGAAUUUCGUUCGACUGGAGAUGUUUUGACGUUGCGAGAUGUUCGUGCUGAAAAUGCCGGAACAUAUGUAUGCCGUGCUAUAAAUAUUAUGAUGCCAUACGGUGGAAAGCGAGUUGAACGUGUCGGUAAUUCAACGGUGGCUCUACUGGUGCGUCACCGUCCAGGUCAAUCAUCAAUUAAUCCAAGCAAACCAAUUGUUCAUGUUGGCAACGGUGUCACAUUGACCUGUUCGGCAAAUCCACCUGGUUGGCCAGUGCCACAAUACCGUUGGUACCGCGAUUCAGACGGUGAAGUUCAAUCACAAACAAUUCUUGCACAAGGCUCACAAUAUGUUAUUCCACGCGCUCAUUUGGGAAGUGAAGGACGCUAUCAUUGUCAAGCGAUCAAUGAACUUGGACACGGUGAAAUGGCAACAAUUACACUUGAAGUGCAUCAACCACCACAAUUCACCGCCAAAUUACAGCAACAUAUGACACGACGAGUUGGCGAUCCAGAUUUUACGGCAACGUGCAGUGCUAAAGGAAAACCAAAACCAAUCAUCAAAUGGUUGAAAGAUGGCCAAGAAAUUUCAAUGGAUACAAACUUAUAUGACGCACAAACAAUCCCAACUGAAGGAUCAAAUGGCAUGGUAACGGUUCAAAGUACAAUUCGUUUUACUGGUAAAUCACGGCCGGGCAGCAAUCAAUUGAUUCCAAGUGAUCGCGGUCUGUACACUUGUUUAUAUCAAAACGAAGUUAAUUCGGCCAAUUCAAGUAUGCAUUUACGCAUCGAACAUGCACCUAUCAUCUUGCAUCAAUACAACAAAGUUGCCUAUGAUAUUCGUGAAAAUGCCGAAGUCAAAUGUAAGGUUCAAGCGUAUCCAAAACCAGAAUUUCAAUGGCAAUUCGGUGUGAAUCCAUCACCAUUGUCGAUGUCAUCAGAUGGAAAAUAUGAAAUAAACACAACCACCGAUAACAAUGAUGUGUAUACAUCAGUAUUGAAAAUCAAUCGUCUUGGUCAUCAAGACUAUGGUGAAUAUUUGUGCCGUGUCGUAAAUUCAUUGGAAACUAUUCGUGCACCAAUUCGUUUACAACCAAAAGGAUCACCCGAAAAGCCAAACAAUUUACGAGCCGAUGAUAGUACAUCAAAUAGCAUCACAUUGAAUUGGGAUCCAGGAUUCGAUGGUGGUUUGGCCAAUACAAAAUACUUUGUAUCAUACCGCAAAGUGCAAGCACCACAUGAUGACCAAGUGUUACCUGACUGUGAAACAAAUGUCAUUACAAAUACCGAUUGGAUGGAAUUUGAUUGUCAUCAAAAUGUACCAUGUAACAUAAAUCCAUUGGAUCAACAUCAAGGCUAUGUGUUCAAAGUAAAGGCACUCAAUACAAAAGGUUCGUCCGAAUAUUCAACCGAAAUUAUGAAAACCACAAAAGUCGACCACAUUCCAAUGCCAAUGCAAGUGGCAUUCAAUCCAAAAACACGUACAUUGGGUGUUACGGUUGGUCCAACUUGUUUGUCUUUGAUUGCAAUCGUUGAAUCAAUCAUCAACGAAGGCACACCGAUGGCCGCCUGGCAAAUUGUCGAAACAAUUCAAUUGCAAAACUCUGGCAACGGCAUUUCACACAAAGAAACGGUCAUCGAACAUUUGGUAACGGCACGCCGCAGCAGCGCCCGUUCACUUGGUAUUCCUGAUGAUGAUUUCCCACCACUCAACGAUGAUACAAAUCCACGAGUUCGCGUUAAGUUAUGUCUCCGCGCCAAUCAUGAACGUUGCGGCGAAUAUGCCGAAGCUGAAGUCGGCAACAAUUAUAUCGCUGAGGCAAAUGCGAUUGCAACGCCAACAUUGAUUGCAAUCAUUGUAUCCGUGAUUGUGUUCGUUUUAUUCAUUUUAUUGGUUUUGAUGUUCUGCCGUUGCAAGCGUAACCAAACGAAGAAGGGCACUCAAGUAAAAGACUACGAAAUGGAUUCAGUGCGACCAUCAAUUGUGGCACAACAAAAUCAAGCACCACCACCAUAUUAUCCAACAAGUGGAUUGGAAAACAAAGCACUUGAACACUCAAUGGAUUUAGCGUUAACUUUGGAAGAUCAGAAACAAGUUGUUUAUGCCACUCAAAACGGAUACGGAUACCACCCACAACACUCAGUUUCCAAUCAGCAAAUGACAAAUAAUGACUGGGCGAAUAUAGGUUACAUGGAUAAUAGUUAUUCAAAUUCGAACAAUGGCGGUAGCGUAAAUUCACAGGAUUCGAUUUGGCAAAUGAAAAUGUCAGCAGCUGCAGGCAAUCCAGCAAAUUUAAUGCCACAACACCAGUAUGUCGAUCAACAAGCAUCAUAUGGUUAUGAUCCAUUGGCUCAUGCCGGUUAUGGUGCCAUCGAUGAUUAUGCACCAUAUCCACAUUUGGCCGCAACACACAGUCAGCAUGGCGGUGACGAUUAUCAAACCAUGCGCAACAGUCAAAAUCCAUCACGUCAAGAAGUCUAUUGCAGCGAUCCAUAUGCAGCCGUUCACAAGCCCAAAAAACGGCUCGAUCAUUUAGAUUCGCCAUAUCAUGAUGUAAGCGGUCUUCCUGAAUCGUAUAUGGAACAAGUGAAUGUGGAUGAUCCGAAUUCGGCACCACAACAGCAUUUAUCACACAGCUAUGAUGAUGGAAUACAAGAGAGCGGUUAUUCGACGCCAAAUUCAAGAAAUCGACGUGUCAUACGGGAAAUCAUUGUCUGAGAACAGCCUCGGGUACGUUUUGCGAACUGAACGUGCCCAUGAUUAAAUUAAAUAUUCUAACUGACCAGUUCCAAAUAAAAUACAUUUUUUUUCGAAAAAUCGAUCACACACGACCAUCACCGCCAAUUUCGAAUUCGAUACGCAAACAUUGCACUCUGAAAUUGUUUUUGCAUGUUAAACUCCACCAAAAAUUUCGCAUCGGCGUACGAUUGAUUGAUAUAUGUAAAAGAAAAUAUAUAAAUUUAUCAAGUAAAACAAACACAAUAUUGCGCAAAAUUUAACUAUGUUCACUAGCUCCUAGGAAAUAUUACACCAUUUUAAACGAAUUGAUGAACUCAAAACAAUUUACUGGAAUAUUUUGAUAGUGAUUGAAAUGUCGGGAAAAAAGGUGAAAAUUUAAAAUAAAAUAAAGGCUAGGUGCAUCGAUUAGGCCAAACAACUGAAUGGACACCGACAUUUUUAUGUAUGUGUCGAAAAUGAAAAAAUAGUCUCUGUGUAUUAUGUAAUAUCUGCAACAAGAAAAAUGAAUAUUAUAUUCUAUUAGAAGAUUAAGGCAUUUUGAAGCGUCGGAACAUAAACUGAAUGUUUUUUUUUCUUGAAGAUUUGUACAAUGUAAGAAAUCGGAAACAAAAAUUUCACACUGUUAGACAAAAACAAAUUUGUUUAGCUUAAGCACUCACACACGCAUAGAGCGGAAUAGAUAUUUUGUAUUGUAAAAAAAAGCAUGUGUGACAGAAUUUUUUUCGGCCUAAAGUCAUUCAGUUGAUGCGAUUGCACCCUAAACAAUUUCUUCUUCCAUUUUUUAUAUAAUUUGAAAUUAUACAUACGAUGAUCUACAUUUUACAUA